UUCAUUGUUAACCGUCCGCUGCCAUCUUUUAUAACUUGUGAGUCAUGGAUAUCGUCAUUACAAUACAAGGUUUUUGGGGGAACAAAGGUACAUUUAUACCUAAAGAAAUUUGUGCUGUGUCUAUUCGAGAAGCCUCAUUUAUUGCUCAUUGGAUUAUUAAACCAUCAGAAAAUUACGAAGAUCUAACUAAAACUUGGCGAUCAGCAAAUAAUACUCUUACAUUGACGCAACAUGGAAUCGAGUGGUUUGAUGGUGAUACAGAAAGAGAGUGUGUGUACAAUAAUAUCAGACAGCUAGUGAAACUAUCAAAUAAAAUUUAUACUGUUGGUUUUUACUCUACUAACUUUCUCACAAGUUUACUUAAUCGGGAAAUUAUUAAUAUCGAAUCAGAUAUUGGCGGUACUUCAUCAGACCUACUCCCACCUAAAAGUGGUAUGUGUUUUCUUCAUACUCUUAAACGUUAUACAAAUCCUCAUCGAAAUUUUGAUUGUGCAUUCAACAUCACGAUUCGCGUUAAAAAAUUCAUCAAAGAAAGAUGUGUACCAAAUACAAGUUUUCUGCUGCCACUUUCUAACGUUCAUAGUACCAAUAAUGACUCAUCCAACGGAUAUCUGCAACCUAAACGACCAUCGACACCAGUGAUUUCGAGCUUUGUAUUAGUGACGUUGCAUAAGAAUUCGAUUAUAAGAAGAAAAUGGAGCCAAUUAUCUCAACUUCAACAGAAAACAAGGAAUUAACUGCAGAAUUCUGCAUGCAAUGGCUGUUGCACGCGCUUAGCCAAUGUAAAAAUGAUGACUGCACAUUAUCAAACUGUCAACACAUGCGUGAAGUUAUAAAACACUGCAAGGAAUGUGAUAAAAGAACAAGGGUUAAUUGUUUAAUCUGCCAAGAUUUCAUGUCGCUGUGUUGUUUUCAUGUGGAACGUUGUCACAAAGGAUCUAAUUGCCUUCUGCCAUUUUGUUAUAUGGUUAAAGAGCUUGUAAAAUAUCUAGAGUCCCUGCCAAGAUCACCGAAAAGUUAUAAAUUACUGGGUCUUGAGCCAACGCCUUUACCGGAAUACCUUCAGCGGGAUAGAAGAUUAUCUGAAGUGAACUCUCAAAGGCAAGUGAUGGAUCUUCCAGUACCAGUGUUUCAAGAUGCGAAUUAUAAUGUAAAGGUUGAAUUUUUAUUCGCUCCUGAUUCAUCGCUGGGUGAUUCUUGUUUUGAUCACAAAUAUACUGGUUUAUUCAGAGAAUCAAUUUAAAACGAAUAAGAAAAAGACAAAAUUUUAAAUAGAUUUUAAUGCUUCUGAAUAAUUUGGAAUCACCCUUCGUAUGGGUCAUUAACAUGACCAACCAUUUUGUAUCGUUUUUCUUAGUCAGGAAUUAUUCUUGUGCCCUUUGUUGGUGCUUAAAUAAUGUUCACCACCGAUUGUUUUACAAAAUAUUGACAAAUAAAUGUGUGUCAAAUCAGACAAUAAUUAAAAAAAUUUUUAAAUUAAUUCUUUAUCUGUGAUUAAAGAAAUUUGUUAUAGUAAUAAUGUAAAUACAAUUUUAAGUAGCAACUGUAACGGUUAAAACUUAAUUUUAGUUAAAUAAAUCUUCAAAAUAUUAUUUACUUGUUAUUUUGAAUUCUCGCUUUAUUUAAAAAUUAAUGGUUGCCCGCAUGAAAAAACUUCAUAUGUGAAAACAUACAUAAUAGAGUAUAUCAUAAAGGUGA